AUGUCUACUGCAAACAGGCUGGUUCCUCGCUAUGCUCAUACGGAUGGUUUAACACGUCUUUGUUAUUCACAGGACGGUAGUCUAUUAUUUACAGUCGGCUCUAACCAGGUCGUUCGCAAGUUCCAGGUGAAUUCUGAGGAGGAGCCUGAAAGUAUCGACAACCACCAGGAUCCCAUUACUGGAAUUGCAGUAUCGAAAGACACGUUUUGUACGUGUUCCGAAGAUGCAACCGUGUGCGUAUAUCCCAUUGCUUCGAAGGGUGAAUUUUCGUUAUUGACUCGCUGUACUUUGCCGGUACGAGAUGUGGUCUAUUCAGCUGAUGGUGAAUGGAUUAUUGUCGCCAGCGACGAAACCAUUGUGAAAAUGGUAAACGUUAAGGAUCCCAUGCAAACACACGUCUUUCGUGCUUCCAAAAAAUCGAACAAAUCAGUCUCUGUCAGCCCUUCUGGUAACUGUUUAAUCAUUUCGUGCUGCGAUGGAACGUUAUAUAUGUUUGAUUUACAUACUCGUGAGCUUGUUCACACAGUUCGUGACGUUAUUCUGUCUACCGAAAGCACUUCUGAGAUUUGCACUACGGCUGUAUGGCAUCCGUCGGGUGAAUACUUUGUUGCAGGUACUCAUGAUAACGGUAUAUCGCUCGUUUCGUCUACAGAUUGGUCUAUUCUAGAUACGCUUAAAAAUGGAGGACACACAGCACCUAUUACAGCUCUUGCAUGGUCGUCAGACGGUCUUUAUCUUGCCAGUUCUGGACAAGAUGGGCGAAUCAUAGUUUGGGACAUACAAACACGUACAGUUGUUGCCGAACAGGCAUAUGGUAACGUCGUGGCCCUUGCAUGGCAGCCAUUCGCAAACGUUUUGUCAUUCACCACAAACCAAGGUGUUUUAUAUACAUGGCCACAAGUGGUUGCGUCUGUCCCGGCCGCAUUGGAUGCUUCGAAAAAGCCUAGUCGUUCUCACAGACAGCGUGAGGAGUUGAGCAGUCUGUUUGGUGACGAAGAAGUUAGCGUCAGCAAUGAUGGCAUUGAUGUUAGCCGUACGCUGGUCGAUACGGAAAGUGCUGUCGAUGCUGGCAUGAACGACUUUGCUGCUGAGGGAAACGAUGAUGAACUUGACAUUGAUGCAGACAGCUACAUGAUUAAUGAAGACGACCUUCAAGCCGUUCGUCGCAAACGGAAGGCACAAGAACUAGCAGCUGCUAACGAUCAAGCUAAAAAAGCCAGCAAAAAAAGAAUAUUUCAAACUGAUGUUCAUCCACCUGUUCAUCCCGGUAGUACCCCGUGGCAAGGAAAUCGUCGUUACUUAGCCUUAAAUCUUGUUGGUUUCGUAUGGACCGUUCGUCAAGACGAAGCUCAUCAUACUGUUACCAUUGAAUUUCAUGAUGAAUCAAAAAACAAGAAAUAUCAUUUCACGGACGAAAACCUUUAUGAUAUGGCUUGUAUAGAUGACCAGGGUGUUGUUUUCGCUGCACCAGGUUCGAAAAGUGAACCUGGCGUUCUGCAUUUCCAACCGCAUAGUGACUGGGCAGGACGGUCGGAAUGGACUGUUCAGUUUCCAGGUGAGGACGAAAAUGCAGUGUGCAUAGCCCUAAGCGAUCGAGUCGUUGUAGCCUGUACAACUCUUGGUUAUGUUCGUGUAUACUCUCGCAGCGGAUUUCCCCUGCGGGUUUUUCGGUUUUCAUUUCUUCCCUUUGUUGCCUGUGUCUCUUAUAAAAGCACAAUUAUGAUUGUUGGUAAUGAAGGUGUUGGACCUGAUGGUACGCCUCGGCUUACAGCAUAUAUUGAAAAUGUGCAGGGUGACGAUGAGGGCGGCUUGGAGAACCAGACUGUCUUUCAGAACGCGUGUAUGGUGCCUCUUCCUCCACAGGGUCAGUUGAUGAAUGUCUUUUUCUCCGAUAACGGCGAUCCGUAUAUUUUCGAUUCUGCCGGUGUGCUACUGACAUUGUUGCAUUGGCGUCAGCAAGGUCAGGCCCGUUGGGUUCCUGUACUGGAUACCACACAGUUGGAACGCUUCGUGAAUCGUGAAGAACGUUAUUGGCCAGUUGCCGUUAUGGACAACCAGUUCCAUUGUAUCAUUUUAAAGGGUGCACUUCAAUACCCCUACUUUCCACGACCCAUGGUUACUGAAUUUGACAUGCGGGUACCAUGUACGCAGCUUCUCGGAGCAGAAGAAAUGUCUGUCGCUAGUCUUGAGGAGCAAUGUGUUCGUUUCCGUGUGCUUCUUGCUCUGCUCGAUGACCGGUUGGCAGCAGAUGCAGAGGACGAAGAUACCGAGCAGUCGAAUGCAAUUGCCUUGCAACGAGCACGACUCCAAGCAAAUGCAGACAAGGCUGUUCUGCAGCUUGUUCAAAAAUCUUGUUUGGAGGAGAAGAACGACCGGUCGUUAGCACUUGUGCAUCGACUUUGUCGCCCAGCAAGUGUUCUUGCUGCACAAAAAAUUGCUUUGCACCACAACAUGACAUCGCUUGCUGAAAAGAUUGGUGAAAUUGCUACGAAGAAUGCCAAUUCUGGUAAUUAG